GAGCGCAGGCGUAACAAUACUCAGCUUCACGUCGACACGCAAAACAGCGCGCGAGAGAGUUGAGAGGGACUGCAAGCAGAACCAUGAGAACUUCCCCAAGCUUCUCACUUUCUUUACCACUUUUUGCCGCUCUGUUUCUUUUUGGUUCUUUCUCUGCGGUGAGAGGUGAUUCCUGUAAGGUGAACGUGUGUCAGAAUGGCGGGACAUGUGUGACUACAGAGAAAGAUUCCUUUAUCUGUAUCUGCGCAGAUGGCUUUGCAGGAGACACCUGCAAUGAGACAGAGACUGGGCCUUGUCAUCCAAACCCCUGCAAAAACGAUGGCAUCUGUGAGCUGCAGAGAGGAGACGUCUUCGAUGGAUAUUCGUGCAAGUGUUUGAAAGGCUUUGAAGGCACUCACUGUGAAAACAAUGUGAAUGACUGUGCUGCUCAGCCAUGCCAAAAUGGGGGUUCAUGUCAAGAUCUUGAUGGAGAUUUCUACUGCAAAUGCCCAUCCCCUUAUGUUGGGAGGCACUGCCACCUGCGCUGUAUCUCUCUGUUAGGGAUGGAGGGUGGUGGCAUUGCUGAGUCUCAGAUCACUGCCUCCUCUGUGUAUUACGGCAUUUUGGGAUUACAGCGCUGGGGCCCCGAGCUGGCCCGUCUCAACAACAAAGGCCUGGUGAAUGCAUGGACUGCGGCGACACAUGACAAGAACCCUUGGAUUGAGCUCAACAUGCAGAGGAUGAUGCGUUUCACUGGUAUCAUCACUCAGGGUGCCAGUCGUGUUGGGACUGCCGAGUUCAUGAAACACUUUAAGGUGGCUUACAGUUCAGAUGGACAGAUGUACACCAUGUACAGAGGCAAUGGUCAGAAGAAGGAUAUGAUUUUUGUGGGAAAUGUGGACAAUGACAGCACAAAAACCAAUCUAUUUGAGCCACCCAUAAUCGCUCAGUACAUCCGCAUUUUGCCCACGGUGUGCCGCAGAGCCUGCACGCUGAGAAUGGAGCUAGUGGGCUGCGAACUCAGUGGUUGCUCAGAGCCACUGGGUUUCAAGUCACGGCUGAUUGGAGACUCUCAGCUCUCGAGCUCCAGCUCCUUCCGCACGUGGGGUAUUGAGGCCUUUACCUGGCAUCCGCAUUAUGCCCGCCUGGACAAGCAGGGCAAGACCAACGCCUGGACUGCAGCCACCAACAGCAGAUCUGAGUGGCUACAGGUGGACUUGCUAUCCCCUAAGCGGAUCACAGGAAUCAUCACUCAGGGAGCUAAAGACUUUGGAACUGUGCAGUUUGUUUCAGCCUACAAAGUGGCUUACAGUGACAACGGCAAGAACUGGACUGUGGUAAAAGACGACAAAAAAAACACUGACAAGAUCUUCCCUGGCAACAGUGAUAACAAUGUGCACAAAAAGAACGUGUUUGACCCGCCUUUCUACGCCCGAUUUGUCCGUGUGCUCCCGUGGGAGUGGCAUGAGCAGAUCACGCUGCGAAUGGAGCUGCUGGGCUGUGAGGAUUAAAUCACCACCUUCCCUGCCCUCUCCUUACAUCCCUCCAUCCCUCCUUCCUGAGCCACUUAAUGCACUGCCUCACUACCAGCACCAGAGGGCGCUAAGACCACAACAAGAAACAAAACCCUAACAACAACAGCAGGGAAUUGAGCUUUCCAGCACUUCAGGGAUGUCCCACUUAUAAAGACAAACCAUGCAGUGUAAGUUCUGUUCAACUCACUAAGCAGUUGUAAACUGAAUUCCCAACCCCCCACCCCCACCCCCACCCUUCCAAAAAUAAACCUUAACAUGAUCCAUUAAUAUAUUUGUGGUAAAUAUAUAUAUAUAUAUUUAAAAUUUUACAGAAACUAAAUGUUCAUGCUCCUUUAUCUAGGGUGAUGUAUAGACAGUGGCCCAUUUUGAAGUAGGUUGAAAUGUAUAAAUGAAAUAUAUUUGGUUUAAAGAGUUAUUGUACAGAAUAAAUGGAUCACGCAUUAUAUAGUCUCAGCAGUGCAUUAGUUAUUUAGUUAUAAAAUGCCAGUUGUAGUUCUUUAAUUUUGUAAGAGUUAAAGUUUGUGAGUACUCCAUAGCAAGAUCACUGAUUGUGGGCAUGCCUUUUUUUUGAUAGCUCUAAAAUGUGUUUGAUUAUAUUUUUUUAUGACCCACAUGUUUCUCUGAAAGGAAGCUUUAUUUCUUGAAUUUUUCUGACAAACUGUUAUCAAAGUAUUACUGCAUCAAUAUUGUGAAGUAUUGUGUGAAACAAAGGAAGGUGUAAUCAGUUGCUCAGUAUUAUUGUACAUUAAUGCUUUGGCCCAACACUGCCACGGAUCAUUCUCAGGUAGAGUUGAAUCAAUUGCAAUGUGCUACUGAUUUUUAAAAAAAAAAAAAAUCAAUGAGAUCAUUCUGAAACAAACCAUCACCUCUGAAAAUUAUAAUUGCAUAAUACCAAAGUGAUUGAAUUUUUUCAUGUUAAUUCAAUGAAGUAGAAAGUGUGUCUUCUUGCUGCUUUGAAUAUUCUUAUACAUGCAGUCCAAUAAAUUACAUAUAUCUAAUAUAUUCAGUCAUACUUCAGUAAUAUUUGAAUUUGUAGUGGCUCAGCAGCAAAAAAAAAGCUGCUUAUUAAAAACAGGCCCCAGUAAAGGGGUGGAAAUCAAAUUUUGCAAGAUUUCUACGGUUUGCACUGAAGCUCUGCCCCUCCCAAUCUACAUAAUGAUCUCAUGGUGUUGUGAUGUGACCCUCCUCCCCAAUGAUCCCUAUGAAUUAUAAAUUAUGGGUUUGUGCAAUAUGAUGCGAGCAUUAAUAUUAAUGGGACAUGCCAAGAAAAAAAAUAUUUUCUCUAUUUUUUUUAGAUGAAGAUUUAGACAUACUACUAGAUGGUGAAAAAAUAAUAAACAAUAUUAUGACAAUUAAAAAUGGAUGUGUAUUUAGGAUGUGGAAAACAUUAAAAAAAAAAAAAAAUCCAGAGUAUUUCAUCACCAAUGUUAGCUUAAGAUUUUAUCAGUGGUUUUCUACUUCACAAUGAAAACUUUGUUAACCCUAUUCAAUAUGUUCUUUGUUCUGUCUUGUUUUCAUUUAGUGUGUUUUUUAUGUCACACACUGAGUAACAUGUUAAGAUUUGAUUCAGUUCUUCAGUGUAUCUUAAAAUAUUUCAUGUUCUUAAUAACGAAAAAGGAAUAAAGAGCUAAAAUAGAUAAUGCUA